AUGCCUUCAAGAAAAAUUUGUUUAUGGCUUGUAUUUAUGAUUAUUACACAAUCAGUCGGAGAAGAUAUGCGAUCAGUUCGAAUGUCUUCUAUUCGUGGUCAGAAAUUUUCAUGUGCUACUCCAAGUUGUUUACCGUUCGCUAAUAUGAUUACGUCGACUAUUAUGAAGUGUCAAAUGGCCUGUUUAGCUCAAGUUUAUUGUAGAGCAGCCAGUUUUCAACAAUCAAGUUCUAAUUGUGAAUUAUUUACUGAUAUGUCAAAUGAAAUUGCACAUAUGUUGCCUGAUACCGACAUUACUACUAUGAUUGUUAUUACUGGAUCACGAUCUCCACCUGAACCCACUACGACAACAUCAACGUCAACCACAACAUCAACAACUACAACAACAACUACAACAACUACAACAUCAACAUCAACAUCAACUACAACGUCAACCACAAAAUCAACCACAACAUCAACUACAAAAUCAACUACAACGUCAACUACAACAACAACAACAACAACUACUGCGCCAUGCAUGCAGGUCACGUACCCGUACGAUGCUCGUAGUUACUGGCCAAUGGAAAACAAUGCUCUUGAUACCAUAUCAAAUCUUAAUGGAGUAGGUGUCAAUUCACCUACUUAUGUAACACCUGGCAUCACCGGUAGUGGAUAUGCUUUGAAACUCAUUCAUAAUAAUAAUCAAUACAUAACAAUAUCAACCUAUCAAAGUUUUGUUUCUACCAGUUUUACAGUGGAAAUGUGGAUUUAUCCUACUUCAAUGGACAGUAAUGGUCUUUAUGGGCUUUUCUGUCAAUAUGAAGCACAGACUACAGAUCAUGAUUUUUUAAUUGCAAUUAUUCAUACAAGAUUAGGGUAUAGUUUUUAUGAUGAUGAUGCCAAUAGUGUAACUGCACUGUCGGCAAACACUUGGUAUCACGUAGCGUGUGUUUACGAUUAUUCAUCUCGAACACAAACCCUUUAUAUAAACGGAGUUCAAGAGAGCAGUCAUAGCUCAGCUGGGCCAUAUCUAGGUGCAAGCGGUGCUAUAACUAUUGGAAGCUAUUAUUAUAAUAGUGCCCAGCAGCCAUUCGACGGUUAUAUUGAUCAAGUUGCGCUCUACAUGAGAGCUAGAAGUGCAAGCGAUAUUCUUUCAGACGCUACCUUGGCCUCAUGGCAUUCAUUUGAUUGUGGAAUAUCUUAUGAUUCAGGUCCAAAUAGAAUCAAUGGAAGGGCUAAUAAUGUUAUAUUAGCAUCUGGUAGAGUGAAUCAAGGAUUAAGCUUUAAUUCGUCCUCGUCUUAUUAUCAGGUACGUCGCCGACUUAGUUGA